CAACAAGGUUGAAACUGAAAUGAAAACAUAAAAAUUAAAUGAAUUGUGUCAACAACUUUGGUGAGAAUGGGUCCGGUGGAUUAAUUUGUUAAAAUAACAAAAUAUUUACAAUUUAUUGCCGUUUUUAAUAACAUUUAUUGUUCAGGUUUCGAUGUUUUCAAGCCUUAAGUUACAGUUUCAAUUAUUUUAUUGCAAUGGAAGAAAUAUUUCACGAAAAGCAAGAGGGUUCAUUAUGUGCUCAACAUUGCUUAAAUGCUCUUUUGCAAGCCCACUAUUUUACUGCUGUUGAAUUAGCUGCUUUAGCAAGACAGAUGGAUGAUGAAGAGCGUUCUCGUAUGGCUGAAGGUGGAGUUCAUUCAGAAGAUUAUCACAAAUUUUUGCAACAACCUUCUACGAAUGUGGAUGAUUCGGGUUACUUUUCUAUUCAAGUAAUAGCAUCUGCUUUAAAAGUUUGGGGAUUGGAACUCAUACCUUACAGUAGUCAAAAUCCACUUGCUCAGUCGGCUCGUACAGAUCCUACAAAAAUGUCUGCCUACAUCUGCAAUUAUCGAGACCAUUGGCUGACUAUUAGAAAAAUUGGGCGUCAGUGGUUCAAUUUGAAUUCAUUGCUGUCGGGUCCUGAACUCAUAUCUGACACCUUUCUAGCACUAUUUCUUGCUCAACUUCAGGAAGAAGGGUAUUCAAUAUUCAUUGUUGAUGGGAGGUUGCCUGAUUGUGCAGCUGAUAGAUUAUUAUUAAUUCAUCCUGCUGUCCAAGUGAAAAAACCUAACCUUUUAACGGAGACGAAAGUGGCCAGUAAUUUAAUACAGUGUGAUGACGAGGAGGAGGACAAGACAUUGACGGACACUCUCACACGGACAUUAGCAGAGUCUAUUCAAAUGGAGAAUGAUUGCUUAGAAGUUGCUUUGUCUAUGAGCUUAAGUGAAUAUGAGAAAGCAGCAGGAGGAGAUCAACCUAGUUGUAGUAGUAGAGAAAUACAGCGUGAAACUUUGCCGCAAACACCAGAUGCAGAAAUGAGUGAGCAAGAAAUGCUGGAAGUAGCAAUAAGAAUGUCAAUGGAAUCGUGAUGUUAAAUAUGUUUUAUACUCUUUCUUGUAUUGUCUUUAACAAAAAAAUUUUAUAAAUGUGUAUUUGAGAUGGAGUGUUGCCUUCUGUAAACAUGACUUCAUACUAUAUUUUGUUAUGUUAUUUAUUAACUUUAUAAUGAAGUAUAUCACAAUUCGGCUUGAACUGAAUCUAUCAACAA